AUGGCAGUCACGAUAGGCAGGCACGGAAUCGGUAAAUGCAACACCAAUGUAGAGCUACUUCUAGCGCUGUGCUCUGAGUUCGAACUCCUACUGACAAACACCGUGUUCAAGCAGAGGGAAGAACACAAAACCACCUGGAUGCACCCUCGCUCUAAGCAUUGGCACCUGAAUGAUUACAUCAUAACAAGACAACGAGACAGAAUGGAUGUUCACAGCACAAGAACUAUGCGUGGAGCUAACUGCUUGACAGAUCACCAGCUACUAAGAUCAAAGAUUUCAUUUGCUUUACGUUCAAAGCGUAGGAAGCAAGGAGCUACUAAACUUGCAAUGCUGAACACAGACCGGCUACACGUCAACACACAACGGCUAAAUCUAGAGCAAGAUAUGGAGAAAGCUCUGACGAACUUGGAAGUGCAAGAGGGAUUGACAGUUGAUCAGACCUGGGCAUCACUCAGCAAAGUAGUAUAUGAGACAGCGAGCAACACCCUCGGUAAACCAGAGCGAAAACACCAGGACUGGUUUGACCCAGAAGACUCCGAGCUUCUGAUAUUCAUGAAGAAAAGGGAUGAAACACACCAACGUGUAUUACAGACUAGAAGCACAAGGUCCACCACCACCGCGUACAAGGAAGCCUGCAGACACUUGCAGAGGUACACACGGAAAAUGAAAACCGACUGGUGGGAGAAAAAGGCAGAGGACCUGCAGCGCUCCUCAGACAAUAAUGACAUGAAGUCCUUCUACACUGGACUGAAGGAAGUCUGGGGCCCACAGACAAGGAGUACAGUUCAUCUCAAGUCCCUGGACGGUAACACAACCUUUUCAGACAACAAAAGAGUGCUUGAACGAUGGUCGCAGCAUUUUGAGACACUACUCAACCAGCCAGGAGAUAUCGAGUCUGCAGCGCGUGAUAGGAUCAACCAGCGACCUGUAGUUACUGCACUCGAUGAUAUUCCAACACGAAAAGAGCUAAACCUGGCAAUUGCCUCCUUGGGUGAUGACAAGGCCCCCGGAGUGGAUGGGAUACCAAGCGAGAUAUGGAAGCACGGAGGAGCCACACUAACCAACAGUUUACUAAUGCUGAUACAACAAGCAUGGGCCGUGCCCGUACAUGCUCCGUACCUCAGCAAUGGAAAUAUAUUGCCGGAGACGCAAUGCGGAUUCAGAAACAACCGGAGCACUGUAGACAUGAUCUUCUGCCUCAGACAACUACAGGAGAAGUGUAUCGAGCACAACCGAUCCCUAUGUGUGGUUUUUGUCGAUUUUACUAAAGCCUUUGGCACUGUUGGUAGGACAGGUCUUUGGCAACUACUCCGAAAGUAUGGAUGUCCCGAGAAGUUCACCCGAAUGAUAGAGUCCCUACAUACGGGUAUGAUGGCUAAAGUCAAGGAAGCAGGCGAAACAUUCGACAGCUUCCCUGUAAGUAACGGUGUAAAACAAGGAUGUGUGUUGGCCCCUACGCUGGACUUUGAGGAGGGCGUAUACAUACAAUCACGUCAAGACGCCGACCUAUUCAAUGUCGCACACUUCAAAGCUAAGACGAAGUCUACACAGAUUCUCGUGAAGGAACUCCUCUUUGCAGAUGACAGUGCUCUUGUUGCUCAUACGCCAGAGCAGAUGCAACAUGUUAUAGAUGUAUUUUCAUCAGCAUCAAAGAAGUUCGGUCUACAAAUAAACAUCAAAAAGACUGAAGUACUAUUCCAACGAGGUACAGACCACCGAGAGGGGGAGGAGAUCCUAGUGGAUGGAAGAGCCCUAAACCAGGUAGAUGAGUUCACUUACCUCGGCAGCACUAUAUCCAAAGACAUACGCAUCGACUCUGAGCUGGUGAAAAGAAUGGCAAAGGACAGCAGUGCCUUUGGAAGAUUGCGAACCAGGCUAUGGAACAACCAUCGUGUCUCAACGAGAGUGGAGUGCAAAAUCUACAGGGCUAUCGUCCUAUCCACUGUCUUAUACGGUGCGGAAAGCUGGACUCUCUACAAAAGUCAAGUAAAGAAACUUCACGCGUUCAUGAUGAGACACCUCCGAGCAAUCAUGAUAAUCAACUGGAAGGACAAGGUGACCAACAAAGAGUUACUAGAACGAGCAAACCUACAUCCUAUGGAGGACCUGCUCAUCAGGAAGAACCUACGACGGACAGGCCAUGUCAUCAGGAUGCCCUCUGAGAGGUUACCAAAGCAAGUACUAUUUUCGCAACUACCCGCUGGCGAAAGAGGGAUUGGUCGUCCACGGCUUCGGUACAAGGACGCGAUCAAGCGGAACCUUAAGCGGAGGCAAAUUGAAAUCAAGACUUGGACAACUGCUGCAGGCCUGCGAUCUGUAUGGAGAACAACUGUAAAGUGA